AUGGGAAUUUUAAUGAUAGUUGCUGCAUUGCACUCUGAUGAUCCAAAUAAAUAUUUCCAUGGAGAUAUAUCAUCAACUUUUACAGGAAUUAAUACAUACAUACCCAAAAAAUCAUUUAGUGUUAUUAGAAAAGCAAUAGAUGGUAUUGCAAAAGAAUAUGAAUUUAAAGUUAGAAAUUGUCUAAUGAGAUUUCCUCCAUAUAUAAAUAUAAUACCUAGGAUGAUAUUUAUGAUUAAACCACGUUUUUAUGAAAGAGACACAUAUGAUCCAAUUUUAUAUGAAAAUGGAUGA